AUGUUUAAGAAGUUCCACCCGAAGGACGAUGUGUCCGGCUCGACUUCCCUCAAGUCAUCGGUUCAGCGGGGCAUUCGGUCCGCGCUCCUAACGCAAUACCCAUUCUUGACCCAACCAGCCUACCGUGACCCUUCUGCCGCAGCUCCACUCUCGAUGGAAGAAGUAGCAGUGGCGGACGUGCCAGAGGCAGCGGAUGAGGACGAAGAGGAUACUGGGAAGAGCAGCAAGAAGAAGGGAGGCAAGAAGGGCGGAGGGAAAGGAGGAGGAAAGAGUAAGGGGAAGGGGAAGGAUAAGGGCGGAGAAGUAGCGGAGGCAGAGGAAGAAGAUGGGGAGCAGAAUGUGCUGGAUGAGAUAUGGCCGAAGAAGGAGGCCCUGGGCCUGACGAAAUGUCAUGACCGGAUAUCACUCUACACGCUCGCCGGAACACCUCUGUUCUUCAACCACUUUGACGGUCCCUAUAUCCCAACUCUGAAACUGCUGCACCAGUAUCCUGCAAUGCUUCCCCAUGUUCGGAUAGAUCGAGGAGCGAUCAAGUUCCUCUUGGCUGGCGCCAACAUGAUGGCUCCGGGUCUUCUAUCUGCUGGUGGAGCAUUACCGGACGGUCUCGAUAAGGACGCGAUUGUGGCCGUACACGCAGAGGGGAAGAACCAUGCUUGCGGAAUUGGCAAGAUGGCAGAGAGCUCGGCGGAUGUGAAGAAGAGCGGAAAGGGCGUAGCUGUGGAGAUCUUGUGCUGGAUCGGGGAUGACCUCUGGAAGGUCGACAGUAUAGGCCUGUAA